UACAUCAUAAGCACAAGCUGCUGACGCGUUGCGUAACAAAAAGAUUCGCGACGUUGAUGUGCAGUAUAGCAUAAGAACACUGCCUAAAGGGAGAUAAUAUACAUAGAACGACAGACUUUAACACAGAAGAGUCACUGGGUCAACAAACCACCCUUUAUUGUCGUCGAGGUCUUCAAUUUCUUAGUCCUCACUACUGAGAUAGCUGGUGGUCAAGACACGCCAUUUGGGCCAAUAGCUACUAACAAGUGACCGUUGAAAAUUCUAGGAACGCUAUCACGGCUCAGCACUGAAAUGAAAGCCAUCUCAAUUCUUCGUUCCGUGUUCCACCAAUCUAUCCAUGUUCAUCCACCACCCCUGUCUCUUACUAUGACAAUAAAGAGAUGGAAGGGAGGCCAGUUACCAGGGCAACACUCCCAGGAGCUAGCCGCAAGGACCAAGGCGGCUUACUCUCCAUUUGAAACAUUAAACAAAUACGAGAGCCACGUGGAUUUGUUCUCUUGCGACUAUCUUGGACUUGGUCAAAACGAGGAGCUUAAUCGGGUACACGCCGACGCGAUUCUCCGUCACGGAAUGGACCGAAUCUGUUCCUGCGUUGUCUCACACCCAGGCGAUUCUCCUGUUAGGGAUACAGAGAGGGCCUUGGCGCGGUGGCUGAAGAGCGAAAGUGCUGCCCUCACCUACUCCUGCACAGCAGCAAACAUUGGAGCCAUGGAGAUAUUGCUAAAAGGAAACCAGCGACCAGUCUACGUGGACCGUUUUGCUCAUGCGACACUUCAAGUUGGGGUGACUUUUGUCGGUGCUGCGGGGAGAUUGCAUGUGUUUCACCACAAUGAUCUGGAUCACCUCCGAUCAUUGAUAGCAAAAACAGGGAGCGGAGUGGUUGUCGUGGACUCGAUUUACAGCACCAACGGAGAGGAAGCACCGAUGGCCGACUUGGUGGACUUGUGCCACGACCUUGGUUGCAUCCUCGUCGUAGAUGAAAGCCACGCACUUGGCGUAAUAGGGGAGCAAGGUGAAGGUUUAGUCGCCCAUCUUGGUCUUGAAGAAGGCGUUCAUGUAAGAACCACAUCAUUACAUAAAAGCCUUACAUGCGAUAAUGGAGUCAUUGCCAGUAGCCGUGACUUCACAGACUGCUUCAACCACGCCACAACGUUAGGCAUAUUCAGCAAUGCCAUGCAAAUCUCGGGCGCAAUGAGAGUGAAAAAGGCAAUGGAGUUGGCAAUGCAGGCAACUGAACAGAGAGAGAACUUGCGAAAAAUGUCUAAAUCAUUCCGACAACAUCUUAAAGAAGCUGGCUUCCUGGUUAGGACCGACAUCGGCCACCCCAUAGUAUCUGUAGUUAUUGGUCAGUCUGCUAGGGCGGUAGAAAUACACCACUAUCUGUGCUCUAAGGGGAUAUACCCUUGGGUUUUCUUUUAUCCGGCGACCCCAAAAGACGGGGCCAUGGUGAGAUUUGUUAUCAACCAAUAUUUGACCCCAGAGAAACUCGCCUUCACCGUUGAAACAAUGAGGAAUCUCAGAGCAGAUCUAAAGCCAUCCUCUGGUUUGGGUAGAGAGGAGAGAAGUGUAAUCAGUCAAGCUAUCAUAUAAUCCACAUCAAAGAUCAACGCAUAUUGCCUUUAUUUAGCACUGUCAUCCUAGAAGAGAAUAUUGUUUUCUAAAACAACGUUGCUAGUAUCAGGAAAAUCUUAAAUAACUAAUUUACAUUUGACUAAGGUUAUGAGAAUAAAACAUACCUGAGGCGUGGCUCGUCCUCAUAGGAAGUUCACGUCACUUAGUCGUCUCGUGUGUGGCUGAUAUGUAGCUGCUACUGCAAACAAACGUUUUUAUUUGGUCCACCAAGGAUCUAAUAGUACUGAUUUGCACAAAGAAUAAAGAAGCGUUAUCAAAACACACAUUUUCCCGGAAAGGAUUGAUUAAUAUGCUCUCUUCAGAUUUUACAGAGGUAAAAUAUUCAUUCAUUCAAGAUUAAUAUCUGCUUCGUGUUCUUGGUGUCUAAAUACAUCUUUUAUGUAUGAGGGUUUUCAAAUAGCUACAGGUAUAAUGGUGCUCAGUGGGCCGACAGAGAACAGCAGAGAUCAUCUAAAACGGAAAAAGCCAAAGUGAAAAAAGGUAUCUGUCUGACUCUGUGACUCAGAGUUCAAAGUUCUGUCGCCGUAUAUAUGCUCCCUUCUUUUUAUCAAUGCAUUUGAUGCCACACAGUUUAGAUUUAGUAAGUCAAGGUCUUAAUUUGACAAGCCAUUUGACAUACAAUUACACCUAUAUUUAAAGAACCAUGGUAACCAAAUAAACUAAAUUCAAAUA